AUGGGCAGCGACUGGCAUCCACGCAGGCACCCGCACCCGCACCAGCACCAGCACCCAGACCCAAACAACUACGCCCAUCGCUCGCUCCCCAGCUUCGCCGAGCUGACGUCGUCGUCGACCGACUCGUUGUUGCACCGCCCUCGCGACGCUGUCCCACCUCCACCUCCGCCUCCACCAUCACUACCUCCGCCGCAACACCAGCACCACCAGCAACACCAGUCUCAACCACCCUUAUCCCACCCCUUGCCUCCAGCCCCAAUCGACCGUCCGGCUUCACGCUCCACCCCGCCCAACGGCCUUCCUUCCACCGACUUUGCAAACCAGCCGCUCGCCGCAGACCGCGCUGCUUUUACUCCCAUUAAUCACGCGAGCCCUCACGUUAGCCCCACAAACACCAGAGCACCUCCAGCUGCGCCCCAGCCUCAGAGGUAUCCGCAGUCUUUACCACACACCACUGCUGCGCCAUACAGUCCCCCACUGUCUACGCGGCUGUCGCAACCCCUGCACGACACGGCGCCGUCGCAAUCAUCAACUGUCAACACUCGCCAAGACUCUGCGGUUGCUCAGCACCCCUACGACCACCCCAAGGACACUGAGCACUCUGUUCCUUCAUCCAUCUUUUCCUUUUCCUAUGUUCAUCCUGCCAACGACAGCCGUCGUCAGUCAGCAUCUCGUCCCGUCUCCCACCCUAUCGGGCCAUCUGCACCCCAUUCUCCUCCAGGCGAGUCCCGCUUGAACCAAAGCCAGCCCCCUCCAGAAACCGGAGCAGCUGGCCUAAGAACGGCGCACCCUCCGCCACAGUCUGCACCCACUCAGUUUGCACCAGAGCCCACUAGGUCACCACAACAGGGGCGAGGCCCUGCUGCAGCACCAAACUCGGACUCUGGAUUCAGGAACCCCCUGCCUUCUCCCACUCUCGACCAGACCAACGGCAGUGGGCGACACCAACGCUACAACGUCCGCUUCAACACAGUCUACACUUCAGAAAACAUGCCACCCAGCCAGAAACCCAGGAACGACCCUCCGCCAACGGCACCUCCUACAGCAGAGCCAGUCGAAGACCAUAAGUCGCCCUCGGAGCAGACUAUUACGCCAUCAGUCGAGCCGGUGAUUCCAUCAGCGAUUCCUCCACCACAGUCACCUGAAGAGCAGCCGCCACCACAGCAGCAGAAUGCUCCUCAAUUAGAGCGAUGCAAGGGAUGCCAGGAGCCCUGGAGGCGGCCGCUGCCAGGUGAAGACCAGUAUCGACUGAGUUCGCCAGCACAAAACAUGAGCGACCAACUGGCCUUGACACAAGACUUCAUCAAGAAGCUAGAGAACCAUGCCAAGUUUGCUGACGAGGCAUAUGCCGCCUGGCAACGAAAACACCGGUGGUGCGUUGUGCAGUCCACGAGCCCUUCUGCGACGGAUGCUCCAGCAGAAACACGCAGCAAAAGCGAGGAAGGGCAUUCUCCCACCGAGGCUCCCGCAAGCCUAGUUUCGACCAAGCGCAAAUCAGAAAUCCCCCACGAAGCUUCCAAGUAUCGCAAAGUGAACAACUUUGAAUCCCAAUCUAACGUCACGCCACCCGUUCGUCCUACUGCUCCGGCAUAA